GCCCCACCCACUAACACAAGAUGGCUACCAUUAGACGAUUGUUAUCAAUUGGCUCCAGAUUUACUCCUUCACGUAUCUCUAGUAUAACCACCACCCGCCAUUAUACUUUAAACAGAAUUGAAGAUAAAAGAAAUCAAGCUCAUUUAGGAGGAGGAGAAGAAAGAAUUAACAAACAACACAAAGGAGGUAAACUGACAGGAAGAGAGAGGGUCCAGUUAUUAUUAGAUGAUGAUUCAUUCAUUGAAUAUGAUUCAUUUGUUGAACACACUUGCACUGACUUUGAUAUGAAUACUCCGAAAAAUAAGAUACCUGGUGAUGGUGUGAUAACUGGUCAAGGAUUAAUUAAUGGACGUCCUGUCUUUGUAUUUAGUCAAGAUUUCACGGUAUUUGGUGGUAGUCUAUCAAGUAUGCAUGCUCGUAAGAUAUGUAAGAUAAUGGAUAAGGCAGUAUCAGUAGGUGCUCCCAUUAUUGGUCUCAAUGACUCUGGGGGUGCCAGGAUACAAGAAGGGGUGGACUCACUAGCUGGAUACGCUGACAUUUUCCUGCGUAAUGUGAUGUCCUCAGGAGUAGUCCCACAGAUAUCAUUAAUAAUGGGACCUUGUGCAGGUUGUUUGAAUAUUAAUGCAUCAGUUAAAGGUGCUCGGUUUGUUAGGUUCUGUGAUACUUUUUGUAUUCCACUGAUAACCUUUGUUGAUGUACCGGGAUUUCUACCAGAUACCUGGUGAUGGUGUUAUAACUGGUCAAGGAUUAAUUAAUAGACGUCCUGUCUUUGUAUUUACAAUGUAUGGUUAGUACUGAAGUAGUUAGUACUGAAGUUAGUCCAUCAGUAUCAAUAGCUCAAGAAGUAAUUAUUGAUGAUGAUCCAGCAUAUGGUCAAGUUGAGAAUACCAUCAGGUCUAAUGUCCAAUUACUCACUGAAGUUAAUCCAGCAUACAGUACAUGUAAUGCUGUUAAUGGACACAGUAUUAGUAAUGAUGAUGAUGUAGUAUAUGA